UUGCGUAGUAUGAAUCUACAGGAAUAAAUCAUGUACGAUGUGAUGUAAGGUGAAAGCCAGCCGGGUUAUCAAGCCAUGCAUGUCACUUCCUAUUGUCAGCCUCCCUACUGUUACAGGCAGUUCGUUAUUUCCGCUCUCUUAUUCACUGUAUGUAACAUGUAUUAAAGGAGAGCAUGGAUUACAUCUGGAUAAAGUUGAUUGCGGUGUGUGUCUGUAGUUUAGUGGUAUCAGUAGAUCUCUCAGCAGCUGCAGUAUGCAAAGGUUGUUGGGUUCUUGGAGAAUUUAAAGAAGGAAACACUGAAUUUGACUACAAAAAUGGAGAUUGUUUUGAAAUGACAGGAUGUUAUUGCUCGUGCGACGGUAAAUUUUUCUGUAGAAAAGAACGCAAUAUUUGUGAUAGAACUGUGGAAAGCGGCAGAGACUUUUAUAGCAGCAGUCGAAGGACUUCGUAUCAGAGUUCAAGUUCUUCAAGGUCGGGAUACGAAUCAGGUCAAGGUAGCGGUGCCGUCAUAGAAAAUGUAAGGAACAGUGCAUGUAACAGAAAAUGUAUUGUAGACGGAGCUGAAAUUGACGGAGGUACGUAUUUCAGCCACAAAAACGGAUGUUUAUCUUAUUCCUCUUGCUACUGUGGUUGUGAUGGCAACUGGCAGUGUCCUGCUUCAAAUGCAAGAAACACUUGUACCGGAGUCGGAGGUGGACAGCUAGUAGAAAGUGAUGAUCAGGGAUGUAGAAGUUGCGUUAUUGAUGGAGUCAGAUAUACAGGAAACUCAGAUUUUACUUAUCGGAACAACUGUAUUGAGUGGACUGACUGUAGAUGCCGAUGUGAUGGCUCUUGGCGAUGUGCGUCUAACAGUGGCAAAUGGAAAUGCGAUAAUGUAUGCAAUGAAUGCGAAGUUGAUGGUAGAAAAAUACCGGGUAAAUCUCAGUUUCGUCAUCAAACUGAAUGUAUCAUAUAUGAUCCGUGUGUUUGCAAUUGUGAUGGGUCAUGGGAUUGCCCAGCAAAGAAUGGAAAAUGGAUAUGUACCGAUCAAUGCUUAAACUGUGAAAUAAACGGUCGGGAAUACAAAGGAAGGUCAGAAUUUAGGUUGCGGGAGGACUGUUGGGAAUGGAAUCCAUGCACAUGCAAUUGUGAUGGAUCAUGGAAUUGUCCACGUGAUAAUGCAAAAUGGGUGUGCACAGAUAAAUGUCUUGAUUGCGACGUAAAAGGACAGAAAUAUCCCGGAAAUACACAAUUUCAAUAUGUUGAUGGAUGCUACGAAUAUAAUUGCAAUUGUCGUUGUGAUGGAGGAUGGUCUUGUCCAGCUAAUCGGACUAGAGAUAUGUGUAGACUUAACAUGCAAACUGGGUGUUAUUUCUGUACUGUCAACGGUAAAAAGUUCGAAGGAAGUACAUCCUUUACAUAUGAAGAGAACUGUAUAAAAUAUGAACAUUGCACAUGUAAUUGCGACGGAUCUUGGGAAUGUCCAGGAGAUAAAGCCAUCAAUACCUGUCGUCGAAAUGAAACUACCGGUUGUGACUAUUGCGACGUCUACGGUCAACAACAGCAAGGAAACAGUCGAUUUGAAAUACAACAAGAUUGUUGGAGAUUUGACUGUGAAUGUGACUGUAAUGGAAACUGGAGAUGUUCUGAAACUGGAGCACGGUACAUUUGCGGAAGUCAGCUAUUAGAAACUAGUGGAUGCAAAGCUUGUCUAGCUGGAGGAACGCGAUAUGCCAGCCAGAGUUCGUUUAAACUAACAUGGGGAUGUGUCACCUUUGAAUGUUCGUGUAAUUGUGAUGGUUCGUGGAUUUGCCCGUCUCGUCUGGCUAUAAACGCAUGUUCAAAUAGUCACUUCCAGAAGUUUUUGAUUAGCAGUGUAACGAACUUACCGAAUUCCUGGUGCAGUGAAUGCACAAUUGGUGGCAGUGUCUACCCCGGAUUCUCUCAAUUUGAGUACCAAGAAAAAUGUACCAGACAAUAUGCUCGAUGUUACUGUAAUGGUGGAUACCGAUUUGAUUCUUCUAUUAUAACUGGCUGUAGUGGGAACGUAGAACUAUCAGUCUCUCGAGGUAAUUGCAUCGAUUGUAAGUUCAACAAUGCUGUAUUUGCAGCAAAUUCAGAAUUCGAAAUAUCAUCCCAGUGUAAGCGAUAUAGAUGUAAAUGUGAAUGUAAUGGUCGUCCACAAUGCCAGUCCGUUGUAGAGAAUGUAUGUGGCUCUGUUAUAACUGUUGUUCAGUCUGAUUUUGUUACUGGAGGUGGAUCAGUCACCAGAACGGAAGGCGGAACGGUUGUUGUUGAAGGUGGAAGACAAACCGAAACUAUUGUCUCUGGUGGUGGAGGCGGAGGAAGCCGAACAGUUGUUGUCAGUGGUAGUAGGGAUUCGGGGCGAACAGGAUCUGCUUCAGUGGUUCUAGGAGGUAGAGAAACAACCGAGAGAAGGACUGUUGUCGUUGGAGGAGGUGGUAAUGCUGGUUUAACGGGAUCAAGAACUGUUGUUGGAGGUGGCAGUUCAUCGGGAACAACUUCAAGAACUGUUCUCGUUGGAGGUGGCGGUGGUGGAACACGAGAGGUAACGAAAGAAACACGCGUGGUUGUAACAGGAGGUGGUGGAUCUGGUACAAGGACUGUUUUAUCAGGUGGCGGAAGUACUAGUGUCAUUGGUCCCGAUGGGUCUAUAUGUUACCACUGUGUUGGUUUAGAUGGAAAGAAAUAUCCAGGCAAUUCAGAUUUUACGUUUAGAAGAGGUUGUGCUGUUUGGAAAUGUCAAUGUAAUUGUUACGGUAGAGCAAUCUGUCGACCUCAUGAUCUAAGUGCAUGUCUCGUAGAGCCGCAAUGCCGUGACUGUGUCGUAGAAGGUAGAACAUACCGAAGCAAUAGAAUGUUUAAUUAUGAGAAAGAUUGUAUCUCUCAUCAGUGCCGAUGUAUGUGCGACGGUAGUCCAAGGUGUGUCCAAACUGUUGCGUUUAAUUGUGAACGGGAUAAACCAAGAUGUACUGAGUGUGUUAUAGGAGGUCAACAAUACCAACCGAACACUCUGUUUGAUUUGGUUACUCGAUGCAGAAAACAACGCUGCCAAUGUGACUGUGACGGAACAUAUCGAUGUUCAGAAGCGCAAAAUACUUGUUCUACUGAAGAUCGUAGUCAGCUAGACACGUGUGCACCGUGUGAAGUAGAUGGACAAUCACAUCAAGCAGGUACAACAUUCACAAUUGAUCGCGGUUGUUACCGAAUGACUUGUUCUUGUUCCUGUAGAGACAGAUUAAAAUGCGAUCAAAGUAAAACCGUUGAUAUUUGUGAAAAUGAUCGAGGCGAACGUUGCAAAGCUUGCGUACUUGACGGUGAACGGUAUGCCCCAAAUUCUAAAUUCGAACGGGAAAGUGGAUGUUUAAGACAAAGAUGUCAUUGCCAUUGCAACGGCAAAUUUGAUUGUUUAAGUACUGGAGUAAACAUAUGUAAAACAGACAAUACUAGAACGACGUCAACGCAAACAGACAAUACUAGAACGACGUCAACUCAAACAGGCACUGGUUCCACUUCCGUUUCUUCAACAAAAACAGAGAAAAAAGACUGCAAGCCAUGUAUUGCCGAUAGAAUAGAAAGACAGAUCGGAGUAUCUUUCUGUCUAGACCGUGGUUGUAAACGAUAUAAAUGUCAAUGUUAUUGUACCGGGCGUUAUGCUUGUCAGACAGAUAAACCAGAAAAUAUUUGUGACUCUGCAGGUAAAGUGACUGCCACAGCAUGCCAGACAGCAGCGGUUAGUCAAGAGAUCACUAGUGGAGGUACUCGAACAACAACCACAGACACUCGGCAGACGGCCGGAGGUGGGUCAAGAACAACAACUACUACUACUCGCGUCACUGAAACCAGUACCACCGAAACAAAAGAUUUAUCGCAAACUACAGUGUUUGAUUAUGAAGAAAGACGUGGAGGAGUGGCUGUUUCAGACGCAGAUAGGAGAGGACGCUGUAUGCAAUGUAAUAUCGCUGAACAAUUUUACGAGGGGAACUCUGAAUUUCAUUUGGAACUUGGCUGUAAACGGUUCAGAUGUUUGUGUAAUUGCGAUGCAUCGUGGGAAUGUCCAAGGCAGAGGCCAGAAAAUAUCUGCAAAAAAGAAACUUGUCGUAAUUGCAGACUCCGUGACAAGGAAUAUCCGCCAAACUCAAGCUUUACAGUAGACAUUGAUAGAUGUCGUAAGUACCAGUGUACAUGUCCAUGUAACGGUGUCUACAGCUGUCCACCAGAGAACAUCGUUAACACAUGUGAACAACAAUGUAAGGAAUGCGUUGUCAAGGGAAACCGAUACCAAGCGAAUGCACCUUUCACAUACGAAGAGGGUUGUAAUAGAUUCAGUUGCGAUUGUAAGUGCGAUGGAUCUUGGAACUGUCCGGCUUCAAGAACUGUUAACACUUGUCGCAGUACCUGCAAGGAGUGUGAUGUUAAAGGUCAGAAAUAUCAAGGAAAUUCAAGGUUCACGUAUGAUGAAGGUAGCUUCCGCUAUAAUUGUGACUGUAAAUGUGAUGGCUCGUGGAACUGUCCUGCAUCUCGCACCGAAAGAAUCGCCGCCACUACACCCCAACCCCAAACAGGACAGUGUACAGAAUGCGAGGUAAAAGGCCGUAAAUACCGUGGUAAUUCAAGGUUUAGUUAUGAUGAAGGCAGUUUCCGGUAUAAUUGUGAUUGUAACUGUGAUGGCUCGUGGAACUGUCCUGCUUCUCGUACAGAAAGACUCGACAGUUCUCCCCAAACAGGACAGUGUACAGAAUGCGAGGUCAAAGGCCGUAAAUACCGUGGAAAUUCGAGGUUCAGUUAUGAUGAAGAUAGUUUCCGGUAUAAUUGUGACUGUAACUGUGAUGGCUCGUGGAACUGUCCUGCGUCUCGUACAGAAAGACUCGACAGUACUCCUCAACCCCAAACAGGACAGUGUACAGAGUGCGAGGUCAAAGGCCGUAAAUACCGCAGUAAUUCGAGGUUCAGUUAUGAUGAAGGUAGUUUCCGGUAUAAUUGUGACUGUAACUGUGAUGGCUCUUGGAACUGUCCUGCGUCUCGUACAGAAAGAAUCGGCAGUACUCCCCAAACAGGACAGUGUACAGAAUGCGAGGUCAAAGGCCGUAAAUACCGCGGUAAUUCGAGGUUCAGUUAUGAUGAAGGUAAUUUCCGAUAUAAUUGUGACUGUAACUGUGAUGGCUCAUGGAACUGUCCUGCUUCUCGUACAGAAAGAAUAAACGUUAAUCCACAACCGGCACAGUGCAAAGAAUGCGAGGUCAACGGCCGUAAAUACCGUGGUAAUUCUAGAUUCAGUUAUGAUGAAGGUAGUGUCCGGUAUAAUUGUGACUGUAACUGUGAUGGCUCAUUUAACUGUCCUGCAUCUCGUACAGAAAGAAUAAACGUUAAUCCACAACCGGCACAAUGCACAGAAUGCGAGGUCAAAGGUCGUAGAUAUAGGGGGAAUUCUAGAUUUUCGUAUGAUGAAGGCAGUUUCCGGUAUAAUUGUGACUGUAACUGUGAUGGUUCGUGGAACUGUCCUGCAUCUCGUACAGAAAGAAUCGACAGUAAUCCCCAAACAGGACAGUGUACAGAAUGCGAGGUUAAAGGUCGUAAAUACCGUGGUAACUCACGAUUCUCGUACGAUGAAGAUUGUUUCAGAUAUAAUUGUGACUGUAACUGUGACGGUUCCUGGAAUUGUCCUGCGUCAAGAACUGAGCGUAUCUGCGAUUCUAGGCAAACUUCAGGCUUGCGAACUAGUUCUACUCGCGUAACGAGCGGGGCAGGUUCUGAACGUGUUGCUGGGACAGGAUCAAGACGCACUGUUGAAUCAGGUUCAUCACGACUAACUGGUUCCGGUUCAAGUCUAAUUACAGGCGCUGGUAGUCGAACUAGCUCGGAAACUGACCGUUCCAGAAGUGAAUCACGAAGAACUGGUUCAGGCUCAAUAGUUGAUUCAAAAUCUAUUACAGAAACACGUACAAGUACUGGAACUGAGAAGGUGUCGAGUACUUCAACACUAGGCGAGUCGCAAACAAUUACCGAACUCAGGUCACGCAGUGGAUAUACAUCAGGAUCAGCUGUUGACAGUCGUGGUUGCCGGGCUUGUAUUGUAAAUAAGGUUGAAUACAGUAGUAACUCAGCAUUUCAAUUUGAAGACAACUGUUUCCGGUUCAGCUGUCGGUGUAAGUGCGAUGGUUCUUGGAGCUGUCCUGCAGAGCGUACUAUCAAUAUCUGUCCACAGACGUGCAGAGAAUGUAGAGUAAAUGGAAAGGCGUAUCCAGCAAAUACCAUAUUCGAGUACGAAGAUAGUUGUUUUAGGUUUAAUUGUGACUGUGCCUGUGAUGGUUCGUAUAACUGUCCAGCGGAGAGAACUAAGGAUAUAUGCAGUGGUAGACCUGAUAAAUGUAGAAAUUGUGCGGUAGAAGGAAGAGACUAUCCCCCAAAUAGGAAAUUCCAAUACGACAAAGGCUGCAAUCGUUUCGACUGUGACUGUAAUUGUGACGGAUCAUGGAGGUGUCCAGCUGAAAGAACAAUAAAUAUUUGCGGAGGUCUUGGUUCGCAAACGUGUCGAGAAUGUUUUAUCAAUGGGAAACGAUAUCCACCAAAUAAAACAUUUUCCUACAUUGAUGGCUGUAACCUAAAUAAAUGUUCCUGCAACUGCAAUGGAGUUCAUAGUUGUCCAUCUGUUACAGACAUUUGUAAAUCCAAUGGUCAAAUUUGUCGCGACUGUCUUGUCAAGGGCAACAGGUACUUACCAAACAAACCAUUCACAUACACGGAACGAUGUGAAAAAUUCAAUUGUGACUGUCAGUGUGACGGGUCAUGGAACUGCCCAGCCGAACGAACAGAGAACUUGUGUACUUCCGGCCAGUGUCAGAAAUGUCGAGCCAGAGGAAAUGAAUAUGCUGGAAAUAGUGUGUUUGUCAUUGAAGAAAACUGUAGACAAUUCCAGUGCCGAUGUCAUUGUGAUGGACACUGGGAUUGCUCGAAGGAAUCUGUUCGUGUAUGUAACAAUCUUGGUUAAUACUACGUUUGGUUAUAGCAUGUACUAUUUUUUUUUAAAUGAUGAUAGACUAUAUCAAACUGUUUUGAAAGGAAUGUUACCUAAGUAAACAAAUUGUGUAAAUAUACUCAUUCAUCACUUGCUUUCAUCGAGACUGACAAUUUAAAAAAAAUAACAUAAACUAUUUUAAGAGUUUUGCAUUCCGUUCAGUUAUCGAGUAUACCGAUAUGUCAUAUUUUUCACGUAAAACACAUCAGCAUACGAUAUAAGUUAUUUUUGAUAUUUAUCUGUCAAAUAGAUUCUCUGUGGGUGAUAAACGUGAUGCAAUGUUUUUAGCAUAAGGGUUCUAAGGCAAUUAUUUUGUUUAUAUUCACAGAAAAAAUAAAUAUAAGUUAAACAUGUAUAUUGAAAUAUUUCUUAACUUUAAAUGUAUACCCUUUUAAUAAAAAUUCAACGAACAAUAUUAACAACAAUUAGUAAAACCAGUGACCAAACUGUGAUAUUUUAUAAAAUCCGCAAUUAAAAAGAACAAGAAAUUGGUUUACUAUGUAAACAGUAACCAUUGGUAACAUUCUCAUAUCAUGUAUGUAUGGUGUAUCGCACUAGAGAUCUUUUAUAUUUUUAUGGUGUAGAAAUUUUUUUCUUAAGACAAUAACGAAUUGAAAGGGAAACAUUGAUGUAUAUCAAAAAUAAUAAAUUCAGUUUAUUUUGUA